UUCAUAGUGAUAACCGAUAAUAAUCCUUUGCGGUACGUCCUAACCAAAGCCAAACUAGACGCAACUAGUUACCGCUGGUUAGCGGCCUUAUCUACGUUCACUUUUGACAUCAGAUAUCGCGCAGGCAAGCAAAAUCAAGAUGCCGAUGGGUUGUCUAGGAGGCCUCAUGGCAAGUUUAUGGAUGACAGUGAAUCUCGAGAAGAGAGCCAAAGAAUCCAUGAGUUCACUUCACACCAUCUCACGCCUGUAAACAUAGUCCAAGCCACCUGUGAGCUACAUACUGUUUUCCAAAACGAUCCUGACAUGCCCACCUGUUACAUUGAGUCGCUUGCCGUUCACCCAGAUGCAAUUCCAUCGACAUUUGCGGAUGAUGAAACACUUAAUGGUUUUCCCACAGUCCCAAAGUACAGUGAGGCCGAGAUAGCUGCGCAGCAGAGAGCAGACCCCUCCAUCAGAGUGAUCAUUAACUUAUGUGAGACAGGAGAAGCAGAUUUCAAUGUUGUUAACGAGCCAGAACUUCAACUUAUGCUGAAGGAAAAGAGCCGCUUUGAAAUUAAAAACAAUCUGCUGUUCCGCAAAAGACAAUGUGACAAAAAAACUCAAUACCAACUUGUCUUGCCACAAGCUUUGAGGAAACCAGUACUUCAUAGCUUACAUGAUGAAAUGGGUCAUUUAGGAGUCGAAAGAACAGUUGAAUUAACCAGAUCUCGCUUCUAUUGGCCAAAGAUGGCUCAAGAUGUUGAAUCAAAAAUCAAGCAGUGUCCAAGGUGCGUUAAAAGGAAAAGGCAACCUGACAAAGCAGCACCUUUGGUCAACAUACAGACAUGUCGUCCUAUGGAACUUGUUUGUAUGGACUUCUUGUCCAUAGAACCUGACAGUCAUAAUGUCAAGGACAUUCUGGUAAUAACAGACCACUUUACUAAGUAUGCGAUAGCCAUUCCGACUCGAGACCAAAAAGCCUUAACCGUGGCCAAAUGUCUAUGGGAACAAUUUUUUCUUCAUUAUGGAUUUCCUGAACGCCUUCACAGUGACCAAGGCCGUGAUUUCGAAGCACAAGUCAUCAAAGAGCUGUGUGCCUUGGUUGGUACCAAGAAAGUGAGAACAAGCCCUUACCACCCUAGGGGUAACCCUGUUGAGCGCUAUAACCGUACAUUACUCAGUAUGUUGGGUACGCUCAAAGACAAGGAAAAAUCCAAAUGGCGUGAUUAUGUCCGACCUCUCACUCAUGCGUAUAAUUGCACGAGGAGUGACGUUACCGGGUUUUCACCCUACGAGUUAAUGUUUGGGCGCCAGCCUCGAUUGCCCAUAGAUAUAGCAUUUGGUCUACCAGUUCAGAAAGAAACAGGCUUGUCUCAUUCACAGUAUGUACGUAACCUUAAAACUUAUCUGAAAGAGAGCUAUCAGUUAGCAUCAGCCAAUUCAAAGAAAGUAGCUGACAAGAACAAACGAAGAUUUGACAUGAGAGUAAGGGAGUCAACACUUGACACAGGCGAUAGAGUCCUUGUGCGAAAUCUUCGCUUUCGUGGCAAACACAAAUUAGCUGACCGAUGGGAGCCUACCAUUUAUGUUGUCCAAAAGAAGGCUGGAGAUAUGCCUGUGUACACAGUCAGUCCCGAGGGUCAGGAAGGGCCCUUGCGCACACUCCACCGUGAUCUACUGCUCCCUUGCGGAUUUUUACCCGAGGAGGAGGAAAUGGUAAAACCAAAAGCGGCCUCAAAACCUAAAACAAGGCAAACUUCCAUUCAUCCUGAAGAAAAUCCUCCUGACUCAGAUACUGAGGAUGACUAUAGUCCAUGUUUCUAUCCAACAACUAUUGAAACAACCACAAGGAUCGUUCAACCAAACAUUUUGACACAAAAAACGGAUGAAGCAAAAGCAAGUAAGGAAUGUGGAAACUUACCCAAGGAUCAAAUCCUGGGCCAAUCUAUGGAAAAAGGAAAGGACACUGGGAACAAAAACCUACCGGAUGAGACACAAAAUGGAAACCCAAAUGGAAACCUACCCGAAUUAACACUCAUUGAACUGGAAACUGAAAACACAACAGACAGUGAGAAUACCGAAAUCGAAAAUGACAAGACAAACAAUUCUUUUCACACUGAAACUUUAAAGAAAGUCGAGCAGUCUAAAGAUAUUGAACAGAGACAAUCUACUGAAUUAAAUGAUGCUGAAUUUCCUGAAUCCAGUGAUGAUCAGACUGCUGGUAUAGUUCGCAGAUCUGAAAGACAGAGAAAACCCCCUACUAAGUUUACUUACCCACAGCUUGGUAGACCCUUGAUUUCUUUUGCACAAACCAUUCUAGAAGGGUUUAACAAAGCUCUGGUUGAAACCUUUGAAGGUGAUCUUGACCCUUGAGACAACAUGAAGGGACUCAUGUUAAUUUAGAGGGGGAGGGUGUAACCCCCCUGGUAAAAAGGUUAAAACAAAAAUUAAUUUGGUUUAAAACGGGUUGAUUUACGUUUUCUAUAUAAACCGUCCUUUAUUUUGAAAACCGGAAGUUAUCGUGACGGUAACAGGAAGUGAUAUGUAGGAAGAGAGAGAACGUUUUUCCCUCGUUCACUCAUGCACAGAGCGCAACUCUACUCUCACGUGUUGGUUGGAAAGAAAAGAAAAAGAGUACGGAGAGCGUUGAAGGAACACGUUUAUUGCUUAUUUUCCCUUUUGAUGUUAAACUUCUUGGUCAGGUCUUUUGACUUCGUGGAAAUUGAUUCAUCCAGCCUAAGUGUCCAACGAGGCUAAGGAGAAUUGACCCAUUGAUGGCGAGCCUUCCCAGUCGGAUCGUGAGCUCUACCACAUCAUUCACCAGGUUCUGUGGUAGGAUUGUGUCAGUUCGCUGACAGACAUCCGGAGAAACUUCUUGGAUACAAUUCCUGACUUGACUUAUCCCCUGACUAACUGACUUACGAACUUGAACAAUUAUUGAAGUUGGAGUUACAAAUUCCGGAAGAACAUUCUUCAGAAGAACAUUUUAUUUUUUUAGUUUUAUUUUGGGCCCAUAGGUAUUGUUAUUUUUGUAUUGUACUUUUUUCCAUAUCUGUUACUAAAGGUACAUUUAACUACAAAUAUCUGUGUCCAUCACGUUAUUGCUAUUGUCUCAGCUCCUAUGAACCUAGAGCGUAGACGUGUACAUACCCUGAAGUGGGUUACAC